CUUACCGGAUUAGGAAUUUUCGUCUAAAAAUAGCUUUACUUCUCGGUUACAACAUCUCUUUCCGAGAGAUUUCUCAUUUUAGUUUUACUCCUUGCUCGCGUGAGUUUUUAGAAGCGUCUGUUCAUCCGACUUUACUUUACCGUUCUUCUGUUGUUCGGAGAAUCGAUCAUCAUCGUAAUUACAGUGUUGCUUUAGGGCUUCCUCGUUACAGUAUUUCUCUCAUGGACAAUGAUGUUUGGCAAAUUCGCCGUACCAUGCGAGACGCUAUCUUCGUCAAGUUAGAGAAGCAGAAUCCCUUUCCGUCUGAUGAUGAAUCAAAGGCCAAGUGUUUAAAUGCUGCUAAACGCUUAGAGGAGGGACUUUAUAUAAUGGCUAUGACAAAGGAGGAGUACUUGAACCUGUCAACCCUUGAAUCUCGCUUGACAAGCUUAGUAAAAGGCAGACAAUUGAAUAACUACGAUCAACAAAAUGCUAAUUCUUCUUCGCUUGUAUCAACUACGCCAGAAGUUUCUGCUGAACCGACUAUGAAGCAGGAUAAUGAGAACAGAGAUCAGUACGAGGCAGAGAUUGCAGAGAAUCUGAAGUCGGUGGUGAGCCUUGGGAGCUGAAGAUUAUCAUUUAUCAGAAAGGUCUAUUCCUUCCUACUUGUUUGGAAACGUUUACAUGGCUGAUGUUACAAGGCAAGAGAUCAUAAUAUCAUAUAUUGCACAAUAUACUAUAAUAGCUGUUGCAGUGUUACUGUAUUAUUUGCUGCUUGUAAGUUGUAAGAUCUUUUACCAAUGGUGUAAAACACAGGUUAUGAUUUGUUUCCGGUUAUGGCUUGGAGUAUGUAUAAAUUUGAAUGGUUUUGUAACUUU